AUGCCCACGUGUAAAUAUGUAUGCAAUGACUGUCUGCAGAAGGACUUGUAUAAUACCUUGCCUCUUGACGGCACAGGGACAAAUGACCCAUUUCUUAACAAUGUCUUAAAAUUACCUGAACAGCUGAAGACUCACUGUGCCGUUGAUCUCACCCUUAAAAUACCAGAGUUUUCAAAUAACUUCUACACUGCUACAAUUGAAACAAUUACUCAAAAUUUCCACCCUGUUUGUUUAAUGACCAUUGCCAUCCUUAUGAUCCUGGAUCAAAAGACUCCAGGUGGCCUGUUCAGAUCCCACAAUGGCAAGAGCCGAAAGCCUUGGAAUCCAUGUGAGCUUUACCAAGGCAUAUGCAGAAACACCUGCAGAGAAUAUGAAAUCCAGUACUUAACCUGACCAAAUGAUCAAAGGUGCUGCCUGAAACUUUCUGUGAAAAUAACCAGUUCUAAGAAUGUGAAGGAGGAUUAUGACUCUAACUCCAACUUGUCAGUUACGAACAGUUCAAGCUACUCUCACAUUUGA